UACACAGUCCUGCAGUAGUAAAGACGCUCCGCCGCUCCGCACCAGUCCCCGCACCAAAAGUUGACAGAUGAGGAGCAACUGAACGGAAAUCAACCUAAAAACCCAUUCCCUCCGUCGUUUUCUUUUCCCCUUUCACGUUUCAUGACCUCGUCCAGAAGCGGAGAGACUGUGUUUAAAUUCGCCUUCCUUUUUUUUCUGUUUUGUGAAGCAGCUGAGAAAUGCCAGUGGAAAUGCUACAUCUAAACUCCAUGCCUCCGUAGUAGGUUUGUCAUAGAUCCAAACCUAUACGUUUGCGUCUAAAAGCCGAGGGUGUCUGACCAGUGUCGAACCCAGCGAUGUGGAUCUGCAUGGUUUACAAUGAGACAGAUACCAGCGUGGACUUCCGGCUCUGCCAGGACUUUGGCCUCAUCCUGUCCAUCUUCUCCGUCAUCUACCUCGUGGUGUGUUUCCCUCUGGGGCUGUGCUACAACGUGCUGCUGGUCCUCGUCAACCUGUCCAACAAGGUGUCCAUGACCAUGCCAGAUGUCUACUUCGUCAACAUGGCCAUCGCGGGUCUGGUGCUCAACGUGGUGGCGCCCGUGGAGCUCCUGAGCUCCACCUUCACCCGCUGGCACGCGUGGGAGUACAACAACGAGGUCUACAUCACACUCCUCAUCCUCUUCAACAUCUCGUCCCUGGUCAUCAUGUACUCCACCACGCUGCUCAGUCUGGACUACUACAUCGAGCGAGCGCUUCCCCGUACGUACAUGUCCAGCGUGUAUAACACCAAGCACGUGUGUGCCUUCAUCUGGGGCGGUGCCGUGCUGACCAGCUUCUCGUCGCUGCUGUUUUACGUGUGCAACCACAUCUCCACCAAGAUGGUGGAGUGCUCCAGAAUGCAGAACAAGGAGGCCGCGGACGCCAUCAUGAUGUUCAUCGGCUACGUGGUUCCGGCGGUGGCCGUUCUCUACGCUUUCGUGCUGAUCCUGCGCAUCAGGAAGGAGUCGACGCCUCUGGAUCAGGACUCGGCCCGCCUGGACCCGUCUAUACACCGGCUGCUGCUCGCCUCGGUCUGCGUGCAGUUUGUGCUCUGGACCCCGUACUACACCACCCUGUUGGUACACACUGUAGCGGGCGCGCCCGGGUACAUCACUAACGCACAUUACUUUCCCACCUACUAUUUUGUGCGGUGCGUGUCCAAACUGCUGGCUUUCUCCAGCAGCUUUGCGAUGCCUCUCAUGUACAGGCAGAUGAACAAGAACUUCUCCAGCAAGCUGCAGCGGCUGCUCAGGCGGCUGCACUGCAGAGACCAGUCCUGCCCUCACGAACGCUCCGUAGUGCAGCAAGUGGUGACGUGAGACCCCCCCCCCCUCCCAUCUGGGAGAUCACAGACACCCCCCCUUUACCCGCCUCCCAACCUCCCGGCAUAGCCAGCACUUACUCCCCCCACCCCACCCCCUCUUCCUCCUGCACAGAGCCAGUAUCUGACUAGGCUUCCUCAAUGCUCUGGACUGUGUUAAGAGCAACAUAGCUAACUGUGGAAUUUCCUGUCACUUUCCAGAACUUUAUCUGAUUUAUCCAGUUUUGCAGUGAUGGGAUAAACUAAGCAAAACCACUAAGUGCUGCUCUUAUUUUUGAUUUUGUUUUUGUCAAUGAUUACUCAUUGCUCUACACCAAGAUACUGCUUCUUAAGGGUGGUAAAGUUAGUAAAAAUCAUCCAGUAACUAACACCAGUUUCACUCAACUGUGUAGCUUCUUAGGAAACAGUCUCCAAACGCUAUAAUGUCAUACUGGGUGUGGGUUCAUGUUGGGAAUCAGUAUGCAAUUUUGACUAAUGCACAACUGCCUAGAUAACACUGUAAAGUCUCAAUAUGCUGUGAUUUGAUUUGAUUUUAGAUCUUUAUAGAGUCACAGCAUGAUGCUCUCCACAAACACAACCAAUAAGCUGUCAACGUAAUUAUCACGUGUGUUUCUAAGCGGAGCCCUCAGCACCCCAGCAGUGAUGGAUGGCGAGUGAUUUAUCAACAACCCACCACAGCUUGUGUGACAAACCUCCGAACCAGCAUGUGGUUCUACCAGUGAAUAACAUUUUUUUUUACUGACUCAAAACCUCAAUCACUUCAAUGAGCAAAAGGCUCUCCUCAUCAUGUUCAGCUGAGCUCAGUUUCCUUUCAACUUAAAUGUGCUUUGAUUUCUCCAUCGUCGGAUAAAGCCAGCUUUAUCUUUACAAUGGUGUAGAAUAUUGAAGCGCUCUUUCAUGAAAUGUUUUUCUUGUUCCAUCAGAACCAGAACUACCCUGUAGCUAUAAGGGAAUGUAGUUAUGAAAAUAUGUUCAGAAUGUGGUUCUGAUCCUCUCUCAGGCAUAGAGCGAUUAUUCCCACAUGUGUUGAGCUCCUCAUCAGAUCUGCUACAGUAAAUUUAUGGGCACCCUCACCACUUUGAAACCAAAAGAAAUGCUCAUACAAGGAUUCAGGGUUCAGACAUAACCGGUAUACCUCUUGAGACCUCUGUUGAAAUAAUUUUUACAGGUUAAUCAUAAGCCAUACAAAAUCAACUCGAUAACUUGAGCUGCCACCUCCGGCACUCACUCCAUGUGUGAGUUUAGGAUGCAAUUAUCUUGUGCAGGAAUCGUGCAUGCUGAGCGUCACAUGGGCGCUUCGGCCCCGUAGGGGGCCUUGAGGUGGCGGCACGUGCAUUUCCUACAUUUCACAUGAGUGCUCGGGAGGUUUUGUUUAGUGGAAAUAUUCAGACUUUCAUGGUCACAGUGGAAGCGAUAUCAAAAAGCCUCCUGUACAUAUGAAACUCUCACACACCUGACACCUGCUAGAGUGUGUUUGAACCAUAAACGCUGCUUUGUUUUCCAGUCUGCUACAAAGUAAAAAUGAGCAGAAGAUUCAUGUAGUGAUGGACCCAGCUUGUGAAAUGACAAAUAAAAAUAUAGCAUAGCACAAUGUCUGUUGCAUCACUACAUUUGUUGUUUUUUUGUUUGUUUGUUUCUGAACAAGAGGGCGAGUUUGUUUUAGUCACCUUGUGAACAGAUAUACAGAACCUGCCAACUAGGACAUUCACUUUUAUAGAAAAAUCAAAAGGUAUUAACAACAUUAACUUCUAGUAACAGACAGCAAAUAGUCAUCACUUUAGACUGUAAUUAACAGUUUAUUAUUAAUGAUGCAAAUAUCUUUGGAAAGUUUGGCUGAAUAUGUUUCACUGUAAAAUGUAGAUGUGCUAACUGAUUUUUGAUUUUUUUUAAAUCAUUAAGCUUACGACAUGGUCUCAUGUGCACAUUCUGUGAUUUUCAGCAUUUUGUGUACCAGGAAUUUCAUGUUUCUAAAACUGAACUAUAAAUCGGUCUCUGACUUUCUU